CAAACAGGCACAAAGCCCAACUCACUGCCUUCCACACCACGCCUGCAUCUCCAGCCCCUUACUCUCCCAAGUCUUUAAGGACGGACAGCACUUCGCUGCUUACCCAUCGAGAAAGCGAGAACGAACACACAGUGAGAAAGAUAUAAAGAUGGCAAGGAGGCGGCUAUUAUUGAUGUUAAAACCUUUUGAUGUUUACCAAUUUGGCCAAUCAAAUGGUGGCUCUUCCAUCACCAAUUCUCAGGCUUUUCGUUAUCUAGAUAACAGGCGUAAGGUUCACAAGGAUGCUGUAAACUUCUGUCAGGAUAUUUUACGAAAGAAAUCAAAUAUUGAUUGGGAACCCAUCUUACGUACAAAUUUGUCACAACCAAUUCGGAAUUUUGAUUUGGUUGUUACUGUUGGUGGUGAUGGAACUCUUUUACAAGCAAGUCAUUUCUUGGAUGAUUCAAUUCCGGUUCUUGGAGUGAACUCAGAUCCCACACAAGUCAAAGAGGUGGAGAAAUUCAGUAAUGAAUUUGAUGCUACUAGAAGCACUGGCUACCUGUGUGCAGCAACUGUCCAGAGUUUUGAACAAGUGCUAGACGAGAUCCUAGCUGGUCAGAAAGUCCCUUCUAACCUAUCGAGAAUAUCAUUAAGUGUAAAUUCACAACUGCUGUCUACUUAUGCCCUCAAUGACAUAUUGAUCGCAGACCCUUGUCCUGCAACAGUUUCACGCUUCUCAUUCAGGAUUCAGAGGGGCGGUGAAUCGUGUGGCCCAUUAGUGAACUGCCGAUCAAGUGGUCUCAGAGUCUCGACUGCUGCUGGAUCAACAGCUGCAAUGCUCUCGGCAGGUGGAUUUGCGAUGCCUGUUUUAUCCGAGGACCUUCAAUAUAUGGUGAGAGAACCCAUUUCACCUGGAGCCGCAAUCAGGUUAAUGCACGGGAUAAUUAAACCUGAUCAGUCCAUGAAGGCCUCAUGGUUUUCCAAGAAGGGAGUAAUAUACAUUGAUGGUUCUCAUGUUUUCCACUCUAUCCAGCAUGGGGAUACCAUUGAAAUAUCUUCCAAGGCCCCCAGUUUGAAAGUUUUUUUGCCUCACGAUUAACACAGAGGACACGUGAACGAGGAGUGUAAAUAUCUGAAAGGACUGAAAUUUUGCAUGCAUGAUCUCCUUAUCUUUUUUGCCCAUCUCUCCAUUUUCCCUUGUGAACCCAAGCUUGUGCCGGCCUCAAGCGUCAAAUGUGAGAAAAUUAUAACUCAAGGCCCUUGUAUCAAGCAAGAUGCUGUUCUCUGUUUUAAAUCAUGUACUCUAAAUAAUGGCAAUGAAGUGAAAUUGCUUGAAAAAUAAAAAAGAAAUGGCAUUGAAAUA